AACGUUCUGAAUAAAACUUAGUUGAACGGAUAUAUUAUAUAUAAAGAAUGUAAGUUGGUACGUUUCGAAUAAGGACAUCCAACUAGCAUUAGCUUUUAUGAGGAUUGCUCCCUUGAUACCGAGAGCCAGAAAAGUUGGUAUCAGUGCAUUAUCCUGGGCAAAUAAACCCUGCUUUUCAAAGUCGGCCAGUAAUUCCCUGAUAUCUGAUAGUGUUAGAACCAUGUCUUCCAAACUUAGUGGUGCCAAUCGGAUCAAGGGCACAGAGAAAAACAUAUGGGUGGAAUUUGGAAAGUUAGCAGUUGAGAAUAAAGCUCUAAAUCUUGGCCAGGGAUUUCCUGAUUUUAAGCCUCCACAACAUGUGAUAGAUGAAAUGAUGGCAGCUGUUGCCAGUGACAACCACCUCAUGCAUCAGUACACCCGCAGUUCUGGUCAUCCCCGACUUGUAUCAGCUCUCUCUAGGUUAUACUCGCCUCUGAUUGGGCAGCAGCUGGACCCCAAUAAGAAUGUGACGGUGUCCGUGGGGGCGUACGGUGUUUUGUUCUGUGCCGUACAGGGACUGAUAAACCCCGGGGACGAGGUGGUGAUCAUCGAACCAUUCUUUGACUGCUAUGAACCGAUGGUGAAAGUUGCUGGAGGAAUAGCUCAUUACUGCCCCCUUAGACCUACGAAAACAGAGGGUGUAACUUCAAGCAAAGACUGGAUUUUGGACCCAAAAGAGCUGGAGAGUAAAUUUAAUCAGAACACUAAGGCUCUUAUUGUCAACAAUCCCAACAACCCCCUGGGAAAGGUUUUCUCUCGAGAUGAGCUCCAGAUGAUGGCAGACUUGUGUAAAAAGUAUGACACGAUAUGUCUGUCUGAUGAGGUAUACGAGUGGAUGGUGUAUGACGAUAACAAACACAUAAAGAUAGCCUCUCUGCCGGGUAUGUUUGAGCGAACAGUGACCAUGGGCAGUGCCGGGAAGACUCUGAGUGCCACGGGCUGGAAGCUGGGUUGGGGUAUCGGCCCAGAACAUCUGAUUGCCCCGAUGCAGGUCCUUCACCAGAACUGUACUUACAACUGUCCCACACCUGUGCAGGAAGCUGUCGCGGGAGCAUUAGAAUUUGAAAUUGACCAGAUGGACCAGCCCGACAAGUGCUAUUUCUUCUCUCUGGCCAAAGAGCUUCAACCCAAGAGAGACAAGCUUGCCAAGAUCUGCCAGGAGGUGGGCCUGUCUCCCGUCGUGCCGGAGGGCGGCUACUUCAUGAUGGUCAACACCGGCAACCUCAAAACCGAUCUCCCUGACGAUGGGACAGACGAUCCGCGGGACUUCAAGUUUGUGAGGUGGAUGACAACAAAACUGAAACUUGCCGCCAUUCCUCCUUCUGCCUUUUAUCAUCAAGAACAUAAACAUCUGGGGGAGAAUUACGUCAGGUUUUGUUUCAUCAAAAAAGAUGAAACCAUAGAGGCAGCUGGUGAUAUUCUCAAGAAAUGGUUUGGUUCAGUGAAAAAAUAAUCGCACCAAUUGAAACACAACAGUGUGCCAACUGGGAGGUGGCCAUGUCAUGUGAUAUGUGUGUUGUGGACAUAUGGCACAGUCUUCCAUUCUGCGAAUCUUUCAAGCCUUGUUUCCAUGCAUUACAACAAAAUGAAUUUCCAUACACCGUCAUCUCUCUUCCGAUCUACAUGAAUAUGGCAACUUUGUGUGAUUACGGAUAAACUUGUCUGUGAAAUUUACUGGGCUGUAUAACUCAUCAAAUUUCUUGUUAAGUAGUUGAUAGAACAGUGUAGGUGCACUCCUAUGGAAUGAAACCUUGCCUCCUCCUAGUCAACAAGAAACUUUAUCUGUAUUUUACCUGUACAUGUAUUUGUUGUCUGCUGUUGCAGAAUCAUUGUUAGAUCUCAAGACUGUGUUGACAUAUGUGUUGACAUACCAGUACAUUUUUAUACCCCUGCUCAGAAGGAGACUAGGGUAUACCGUUUUACCCUUGUGUGUCUGUCUGUCCAUCCUUCUGUCUGUCGUUCUGUCUGUCUGUAACAAAAAUUUCUUUCAUGUUUUUUUCAGCAACUAUAUAUGGCAGAUGGUUGAAAUUUUAUCACACUAUUUUUUUAGACAUGCCAUAUUGUAAGAUAUUUUUUUGUACCAAUUGGACAUCAGCUUCCUGUUUAAAGGGGCAUUACUAGUAUUACUAGUGAGCAUUGGCUCACAGAUAUCUUGUUAUAGAAUAUAUUACAUAUUAGCUGUGUAUUACUAUAGAAAGGGAAGUAACUGACUGUAAUGCUUUAUACCUUGCUGUAUAAAUUAUAUUGUCAUCUU